AUGGAUAGGCUAGAGGCUCUUCUUCCGGGUUAUUUCACCACGGAUGUUGCCACGGAGGACUUGAGCUCGCAGAGAACUCAGCGUCUGCGCAAGAUAAAAAGCCGCGGCAAACAAAUACUUAAAUGGAGCAAAUUGCAGGUCUCCAGCGGCCCAAUUGGUGCCAUGAGAAAAAUGUCACACUCAAGCGGUAGCGGGUGCUCAGCGGGGGCCUCCUCCUUGGAAGCCAACCCACGACAAGCCGAAACGGCUGCCGAUGAAGAUACGAGAACCGUCCUCCACUUGUACAAAUUUUUGAAGACCACACUUGACGAGUUCGGUAAUUCAUCGAGUUCAGACGCCAUGCCCGCUUUACAAAGCACUACAGACGUGCUUUUGUCUGAUUCUGUGGUGGAGUUGGAAUCUAGAAGUAUCAGCCACGUUGGCUCAGAAUCAGAUGUCGUCACCAUGGUUGACUCACAUUCACUGGAGGCUCCUCAAGUUAAAAGGUUCAAGCAAUUGUGGAAUGAUCACUUCCACAACUGCUCCCCUUCAGUAGUUGUCAAUUCCACGGGUGCCUCAUACAACUCAUCUGCCGCCACUCUAGUGUCAUCUUCGUCGUCAGACGGCGGUGAGAACCAAAAGACCAUUUCAUUGGACUCAUCAGGUGCUGAUCUCGAUAAGGUGGCUGACAUCCGCAUUUCAUCUUCGUACUCUACAUCAUCCACCGAACAGUUUCUUCAGGACUUGGAAUCGUUGGAUGAGAAGAUCAAUAUUCUCAUUGACGAUCCUCAAAAAGUAUCAGCGUCUAUCAAGUUCCAUAACUAUUCCAAGGCCCUGGAAACUGGUAUGGAUCGCCAUCUACAUUAUUAUGAGCUUCCUUUCCCCUGGAGGGAAAACAGGUUUAUUGUUCAUGGAUACCGAUUUUACAACUCUUAUUCCAAGUCUCUGCUGUCCAUCAUAAAUUGGUACGGUUGGCAUAAUGAAACAGUAAACAUUUGGACACAUCUCCUGGGCGCCAUCUACUUCGGCUAUGUGCUUCUCAAAAGCUUUCCUGGUACUGCGGUAUAUCAGUCAGAUUUGGUGCCGCCUGCUGCCAAGGCAAUGGCCUUCAUAUUUUUAUUUGCAGGCAUGGAGUGUUUCAUCUUCUCCGUUAUUUGGCACACUUUUAAUGGUAUUUGCGAUCUAACGGCCAGAUCGAAAUGUGCUUGUGUUGAUUACACCGGCAUUACUGUGCUUAUCACGGCGUCAAUUCUCACGACAGAAGCUGUCACUCUUUCUGGCGAUCCAAGUUCUCCUUAUACUUGGCCCUUUUUAUUCUACACAACUGCAACCGCUGCUCUGGGUGCAAUUGGUUUUUACAUGAAUUGGUCGCCAAAGUUUGACAGGCCAGAAUCCCGCCCCUUACGCAUUGCAUCGUACAUUUUGUUGGCAAGCUUUGGCAUAAUCUCCUACGCACAUUCAAGAAUACUACACCCCAGUACCAAUCCAAAUCUGAUCAUGCCCAUUUUGAGUAAAUCUUUGGUCUGGUACCUAAUAGGAGUAGUCUUUUACGGGACCUUUAUACCAGAAAGAUGGAGGUCCGAUCUUCAAGUUGCAGACAACAUACCUACCGAAGAACAACUGACUACAGAUUUGGACAUCAUUACUAAACACAGACAUAUUCAUUUUCGGGAUCAACCUGCCUUGCACCAGCAUUCACAAGGGCAUUCUCCCCAAAGAACUUUUUUUUCUCUGUGGUGGGUGGAUUAUUUCUGUUGUUCGCACACGCUAUGGCAUAUUUUCGUACUGUUGGGCGUUUACGGACAUUACACUGCAAUGUUGGAGAUGUUUGAGUUAAGGUGGCUGGUAAGCUAA